CGGAGUUUGAAAAGGAACCAACGCGCUUCGGCCCAAAAUCAGAAUUUCUUUUGCCGUGAGAAAUUGGUUGUGUGGCGUGAGAGCGUGUGAAAACAUGCAACAGCGUGUGUCACACGCGAAACCGUGAGAGUUGGUAGCUCUGGCACCAUAUAUUUAUAUUUAAGUGUGACAUUAAAGAUUGACAACGUCCUACACUGCAGUAUUUCCAGAUGUAACGUUACUUGGUUUUGUGGGUGUUUUGAACGUCUGUUACUCUUCCAGUCAUCCAGCAUUUUAGCUCAUUUUAGCUAGCGUUAGCUACCUGGCUGUCGCCAGUCACGGUUGCUAGGCAACACAAUAACAGUCGGGAAACCUACUAUGACCCACCUCUGAUUGGUUAAUACUCGUGACAUUUGGUUGGUUGGGAUUGUUUGAGUUUUCGGUAUGAGGAGUGUAAUUGGUCCGAGCACAAGCUAAACUAAUCAGAAGACAGUAAGGCGGGUCAUCACUUUCGCCAUCGCAGCGUGGAAACAUUUCGCCGGGAAAGCAUGACGGACAACAAGCAAAGUGGAGGUCCGUGCCUGUUAGUUGACGGUACAGAGGCCAUCGUGCCAGACGUCCACAAGAAGAUUAAAGCAGCUUUUAAAUUGUUCGACUAUGAGUCUAACAACAAAGUGGAUGUCAGGGAGCUCGGCACCAUCAUCUAUUCCCUGGGUUGCUUCCCCACUCAGGCAGACCUACAUGACAUCAUCGCUGAGGUGGAGGAGGACCACACAGGGUACAUCCCUUUGGACAAGUUCCUCCCAGCCAUGACCAAAGUGCUGCUGGAGCACAAGUUUCCUCCCAUCCCCGAGGACCUGCUGCUUCAGGCCUUUGAGGUUCUGGACAAAGAAAAGAAAGAGUACCUGGAGCCCGAGGAGCUGACCAAGCACAUGACAGAGGAAGGUGAGCUCUUCACGCAGGAGGAGAUGGAGGAGAUGCUGACAGCACUCGCCGACCACGAGGACAACCAUGUCUAUUACAAAGACUUAAUUAGCCAGUUGACCAUUGACCCUGACCUGUAGUGUGUGUGUGUGUGUGUGUGUGUGCACUUCUGCGUGUUUAAAUGUCGGCUUGUAGUUCCAAUAUGGUUCAAUAAAUAAAUGUUCAUAUCUCGAACCUCACCUUUUAUAAAUGUGCUCAAACUGGCAGAUUAAGAACAAAUUAUCAAUGCAGGAGAGGUCAAAUGUUUAGGUCAAAUGUUUAGGUCAAAUAUUCAGUAGUUCCACGCUACCGUCUAUUGACAAAGUUUUGCUAUUUCCAUUUGGCAUGGCAGAGAUGUUGUAAGAUGUAUCUUCACAAUUUAGGACCUUCUGAUAACAACUACACAACCUGUGGUGUGGAGUCUGGACAUGCUGAUUAAGACAAUAGCUUUAAAUAAAAAAAUUAACAACCUCA